GCUGACGCAUGUUGCUUGCAGCCUUGAUCCUGACUCCCUCAACCAUCCUCGACUGUCUCUCCUGAACUUGAUCCUCUAUUCUUCCUCCUGGAUAUCCCGACCUCAACUUGCUUGCUCUCGCCUCUUGACGCCUUGACGGUCUCAUCACCACAUCACACUGCGCCUAUCGGUCCCCCCACGGCUCCUACUACCGACACCUACCGCCACCUCCUUCAACCAACCGCUCCACCACCAUGGCCGGCAAGCGUCUCAGGUGCAACGCAAAGGAGUGCCGUGAGCCUGCCCAGCGGAUUGUCGGCGACUGCGGCUUCUGCAACGGGCAUUUCUGUGGCAAGCACCGCCUCUUGGAAGACCACAAGUGCAGCGGCCUCGAAGACUGCAAGAAGCAGUCCCACGAGCGAAACGCCGCCCAACUCGAGUCCGAGCGCACCCAGGUCAUCCGCGGCGUGUGAAGAGGCAGUCUUGCAUCACCACCACACACAUGCAAGCACGGCUGUGCUACUACAGACGCAAGUGGUCCGGCCCAGGUCGAUCAUUCUAGACUGUUCACGGUCCUAUUCAAUUUCGGCGCGACAAGCGAGUUAAUCAGAAGGCCUUUCUAUUUCGGCAGGCCACGGACAUUCAUCAUCAUUAUCAUCACAAGGCAUAUGGAGCCGGAACGGCGCAAUCGGCGGCGUGAGCAGGACGUUGUAUCAUAGGAUCGUUCGGUUGCUUAUUUCUCUACGGAUACCGGGCGUUUCGGAGGCGCGCGGUUGGUAGCAUAUCUAUUGUUCUAUAUCGCAUUUACAUGACCAUCUCAUCGUUACACAA